AUCUCGCUUGAUCAACGUAGUCAUAUCGAUGAAAACACUGCAUGGCGAACGACCGACUUCCUUUCUGUUCCUCUUCACUCAACGUGUUGUCAGGUCAUCAAAAUGCAGAAGAAACAAAAAGAACCGAUCCACUCCGUGCAAGUCUUCGGACGUAAGAAAAGCGCGACUGCAGUCGCGUAUUGCAAACGUGGUCGUGGAAAUCUCCGCGUCAACGGUCGGCCGCUGGAGCUAGUGGAACCCCGCGUGCUGCAGUACAAAUUGCAGGAACCUAUCCUAUUGCUAGGAAAAGAAAAGUUUUCCGGAGUUGAUAUCAGAGUGAGAGUAAGUGGCGGUGGUCACGUUGCACAAAUCUACGCCAUUCGUCAAGCUAUUUCUAAAGCUCUUGUUGCGUACUAUCAAAAAUAUGUUGAUGAGGCUAGUAAAAAGGAGGUAAAGGAUAUCCUUAUCCAAUAUGAUCGUACUCUUCUUGUUGCUGAUCCAAGGAGGUGCGAGCCAAAGAAGUUUGGUGGUCCAGGUGCAAGAGCACGAUACCAGAAAUCUUAUCGUUAAUGUCCGCAAAUUUUACAUUACAUUUUAUUCAUAUUAUUGAAUAAAAAAAAACAUAAAA